UCAAAAUCUUAUUUUUUCUCAACUAUUUCUACAUGUAUACACAUAUGUAUAAAUAUGACCUUGAGAAAUAUAAUGUAAGGAAAUAAGCUGGAGAGAACAGUUUGCAAUUAGCGCAAAUCUGCAUUGACCCGACAUCUAGCGAUGUUUAAUUGCGAGUUAGUUUUUGCUGCGUCUGCACGAGCGAAUUUGAUCUCCGGUUACCGUCUUAUCUCGGUAAACAUUCCAGUUGACGCUCAGAGUUAUUCUCAGUGUAUAAUUGAUCUUCAUCGAUGCCCGGUGUAGUCAAAAAUCAAAACACAUAAAUGCACGCCACGGAGGAACAUAUCCAGGGCUUUUCGUUCUGGUUACAAUUUGUCAUCCAUCGCGGUGGUUCAAGGACGAUUUUACAUCUGGACGUCAUGGUCAGGAGUCUGGUCGGUUACAUUAACCUGACCAACGCUAUCGAGGUGAUCGAUAGCGUGUGGUUAAUGGCUGCGGGGCAUUUUCCCCCCGAGUUAGCGGAGGCCCGCUGGUUCUUCGAGGGUGCCCUGGAGUCAACGGGGCCAUUCGAGGUGGUUAUGGCCCCCAACCAUGAGCAGAUCGAAACGCUAUCAGUCUGCCUCAUGGAGAAGGCGGAAAGUUUAUUACGUGACUGGACACGAGCAUUGAUGAGGCUCCAGUAGGAUGCCAGCGAGGGGUCACCACGUCCACCCGGCGAGGGAUGUCCAAAAUGAAAUAAUAAUAAUAAAUUAUUAACGAAUAUAUUCCGCUGGA